GCUUUCCGGAGCGGACCGCGCGCCUCCCGUGCGCUCACUGAAAAGCCUUGGCGGCGCGGCGGCCCCGGCCAGAGUAGCGGAGCCAGGCGGCAGCGGCGCCCACACCAUGGAGGGCCACCCGGUCCCAGUCCGGGUCGCCGCCGACCUCUGCCGCCACCCGCGCCUGUCUGCCAGCUCUCGCUGCUGCUCUCCCUGCGCGGUCCCCUCCUCACCUCGAAGCCAACAUGAAGGACACACGGGGCGACGGCGGAGGUGUCCCCUUGUGCACCCGCUUCAACCACUCCUACUCGGGCAUGUGGGGCCCCGAGCGCUCCGCUGAGGUGCAGGGAAACCUCACCCGCCCCCCAGGGACCAGCGAGGACUGCGGAUCGGUGUCCGUGGCCUUCCCGAUUACUAUGAUGAUCACCGGCUUCGUGGGCAAUGCUCUGGCCAUGCUUCUGGUGUCUCGAAGCUACAGACGCCGGGAAAGCAAGCGCAAGAAGUCCUUUCUGCUGUGCAUCGGCUGGCUAGCGCUCACCGACCUCGUCGGGCAGUUGCUCACCAGCCCGGUGGUCAUUGUCGUGUACCUUUCCAAACAGCGCUGGGAACAACUCGAUCCGUCGGGGCGGCUGUGCACCUUCUUCGGUCUGACCAUGACUGUUUUUGGACUCUCUUCACUCUUCAUCGCCAGCGCCAUGGCCGUCGAGCGGGCACUGGCCAUUCGGGCGCCACACUGGUACGCGAGCCACAUGAAGACGCGCGCCACUCGCGCCGUGCUGCUCGGCGUGUGGCUGGCAGUGCUCACUUUCGCCCUGUUGCCAGUGCUGGGCGUAGGCCAGUACACCAUCCAGUGGCCCGGGACUUGGUGCUUCAUUAGCACCGGGCAAGGGGGCAAUGAGACUAGUUCUUCGCACAACUGGGGCAACCUUGUUUUCGCCUCCACCUUCGCCUUCCUGGGGCUCUUGGCGCUGGCAGUCACCUUUGCCUGCAACCUGGCCACCAUUAAGGCGCUGGUGUCUCGCUGCCGGGCCAAAGCCGCAGUAUCGCAGUCCAGUGCCCAGUGGGGCAGGAUCACAACCGAGACGGCCAUCCAGCUCAUGGGAAUCAUGUGUGUGCUAUCGGUCUGCUGGUCGCCACUUUUGGUAGGUAGUUUCGGGGUAUGGGAAGGUUGGGGGAAGCCGGAAAUUGGAGACAUCUGGAAUACGGUAUUUGCUACCCCAAACAGGGGUCGCCCUCUUGCCGCUUCUGAGGCACUGCAGUCCCUCACUGCGCAGCAGGUGCUAACCUCACUUCUGGAUUCGCUCCAGCCUGGAGGCAGGAGAGUGAAAGCUGCAUGUUUGCUUCAGCCACCCGGUCAGUCUCAGCCUCUUGGAGAGUACUUGACCCUCUGGAAGUGCUUGAGCCCACAGGCACUCUGGGAACUCGGCAGCCCAACAACUCCAUCUAGCCAGCGUUUGCUAGUUCAUAUUGCAAUAACGCAGGGCAGGGUCUUCUGGAUAUUGGAGUUCUCCACUCCCCAGAUCCUCACAACAGCAAACUACAGAACUACCCAGGAGCAGGCAUGUAGUUCCUUUCUCCCACUCUUCCUGAAUUUGAGAAAGCAGAUAUUGAAGAGUAACUGGUGUGGGGCACUUGAACACAAACUUGGCUACAAGUCAGUAACAUGUAGUGACAAGGAGAGUUAUGUUGGCUCUAACUGCCCACAAGUCACUGUAUGGUCAAGUUCUGCAUUCCAGGAACUGGAACUCAGGCUGAUGUCUUCAAUUAAUAUCUUCACUCAGAUAUUAUUUAUUGAUUUGCA